AAAUUCAUAGCCACGAACUUGAAGUAGGAUUUGACCUUGUCUUCGGAGUCGUGCGAUCAAAUCAAAUUACGUCCGGGGCGGCCCGGGCCAUUGAAUCUCAAAGUUUGUCUCGCCCUGCAGCUCUCCAGCCACGCAGUCAUCGUUCCUUACCUGUCGCGAAUCUAAACAAUUGAGUCUGGCCAUGGUCUACAGCUUCCGCGUCGUCCUCAAAUCUCAGUUGUUCCUUGUUACAACUUCCGAAGACGCUUGGAUCAGCGAGACCUUCGAGUCCCUCAAAACAUUGCCUGUAGCACGUCGUAUUUUGGGCACAAUCUCAUAUAAUCAAUGCGACUACUACCAGCUCAGAAAUCCCGUGCCAGUUCCUCGUGACCGAAUCGCUGCCAGCAUCAUCCCAGAGUGCCUGGUUAGGAGCAAUUGGCAAAAGGUGUCCCCUGAGGAUUCCUUGUGGGUUCUGGCACAAUCCGUAUCAAGGAGUCAUGUCUACAUCGUGAUUAUUCCUGAGGAGGAUGUGGCAACGGACAGAGCUAUCUCACGUCUCAUUACAAUUCAUAAAGAGAUAUUCAGCCGCUUGCAGAUCAGGGUAUCCAUGCUACAAAGAUGGACGAUGGAGGAUGUCACCCAUAACAUGGCAGGUGGCAGGUUGUACCCUCCCAACAAUGAACGUCUAGUCGAACUCUCCGAAAUAGAGGCAUCAUUGACACAGCGCCGUACCUACAACGUCCCGAGCGCCCCACAGAACAGGGAUUAUCAGAACGCUUGCCAAUACACUGAACAUUUUCACAACAUCUUUGAGUCGACUCUGAACCAAUCGGACGAUGUGACCGACCUGGAAUUCGUAGCCUUCUUCAAUGUCCUUCGGUGCUUUGACGAGGACCCGAAACACAUUAGCGCCGACUCAUCCUGCCCCCUUAAGUCCAGCAACUUCAUCGCGUAUCUUAUGGUCCCGCCUUUCUUUUCCCGCCACAGCAAUCAUAUCGUAUUGAAGCAGGAGAUGCCUUGGAACUUUCCUAUAUUCAUCGAUACUCACGAUAACCCCAACAUUUGGUGCCAGUUUCACCCGAGGAGUGAUUUCAUGGUUUCGUCACCCUUGUUUGGUUGCCCGUUCCUCAUAUGCGAAGUGAUUUCACAGAAAAAAGAAGAUCGAUACCGUAUGCUGCUUCAAGGCAUUACUGUCGUACGGGCCGGGCAGUUCCUGAUGGUGGACGAUGCACCAAAACCGUUUUUCGUUGUCGCGAUUUACCUCUCUUCAAAUUUAACUGCGGAAAGAUACGUGAUCACCCAUACUACGGAAGAGAGAGGGGACCAAGAGGUAUCCAUUGCCCAGAAAGAUUUUGACCUCACCACUGCAGAUGGUGCGGUCACAUUUCUUCGUGAGAUGUACAACCUCGCCGCGAUGCUUGAGGAAUUGGCCAAGUAUCUCGACGAACGCAAACAGGGUAGCCUUGUUAAAGUUCACCAUGAUGCUUCCAAGGUGAUCUCCCUCACAUCUAAGGUUAAGCAGGACAGGACGGGCGGCUCGACAUUGGCCUCCGUAGUUGAGGAUGAUGCUGACGAUGAGCCUCAAGAUGAUCUCGGCGUCUUUGGUACGGAUGCUAUCCAAGCUAUUUUGAAGAAGAUGAAUUACAAGAUCGACUUCAUCCUUGCUGGGUAUCCACUGAUAGCUGCCGUGUCGAACGCUACUAGUACCCACGAGUCCGAGAACGGAUACCUGAAGUUCGUGAAAGAAGGGGAGAAGGAAAUUGAGAUCUUGGAAUACCUCACAGGAAUCGAUUCCCCUGCAAAUCAUACCAUCUCGGGAGUUCGAAUCUGGCCUGUGCGCGGUGGCAACGUCAUAUCGAUGCCGGUGGCUGGCGGCUGGCUUACGUCGCUAACAAAACCCAGUGCACAUUUGUGGUCUGUGGCUAAACAGCUGUUCGAAGCGGUCGACUUCAUGCACCAGCACGGCGUGGCGCACAUGGAUCUGAAGCCAAAUAACAUCCUGGUCCCCAUCAACGGCGGCCGUCUGACUGUCAUCGACUUCAACAGGUCCUUGCGAGUCAAGGGUGUCGAACAUAAGUUUCGUGGCAUCGCGGGCACUCCUGAAUAUAUCGCCCCUGAGGUAGCCGCUGGUAAAGGCAUCUUCAGUGCGAUCCGGGCGGACUUGUGGUCCUGUGGAAAGACAUUAGAGGAGCUGUGCAACAAGUGUCGCCCAUCCACGGACCGCAAUACCCUCCUCGAAAUUUCGUGGCAACUUAUGGAUGAAGAUCCGAAAAAGCGACCGAUGAUGACAGAGGUGUUGGACAGGCUGACCCGUUGUACGGUUGAUACUGCCACCCAACCAGGUUCUUCAAGGUAAUAUGAAUCUGAAUUCUUAUUUUGCGGGCAUGCAUUUACCUGUCGUGAGCAGUUUCUCUGUUGCUCCAUAGGAAGUAAAGGUAUGAAUUCAACCUGAAUGUCGCACGCAUACCAUGUAAACCCAGUCAUGUUUCAAUGUUGUCAUACCAUAUUGUUGAGAGUG